GCGCAAAUUAAUAUUCGAACUAUCGUGCACAACCUCAUAGCGCUUGUAACUCUUAAAACAAACAGCUACGUCAACAACGUUAAAAUGAAUGAAUCGGAGAUACCAAUUGACAUCCAUACGCUAAAGCUUCAGGAUUGGCUUAUAAGCAGACGUAUUGUUCCAAAGAAUGUUCAGGCUCCGAUCAAGGAUAUCCAUUCAAAAAUCAGCAACGCUCUACAUGAUAUGCCCGCCAAUGAUCAAUUAAUUAAAUUGUUAUCUGGUUCCAAUAUAAACUAUCUGCAUGUUAAGGAGAUAAUCGAAAUACUUAAGCAAACGGAAAAGGACACGAAGAGCGUCUUUGGCACCUAUGGCAGUCAGCGCAUGAAAGACUGGCAGGAAGUCUGCCGCCUGUACGAGAAGAAUGCCACAUACCUCGCGGAGACGGCGCAAAUAUUCGUGCGCAAUGUGAACUAUGAAAUUCCCGGAGUGCGGAAGCAAAUGAUCAAACUGGAACAGCAAACGGAUGAUUGCUUAAAGCGAGCCCACGACCUGCACAAACCAGAGGCACAGCUUCUGUCCGAGCACGCCGCCUUGUUGGAGCAGCUGGGCGUUAAAGGUGAUAACCUACAUGCUGAAUUCAUAGAAGUGCUGGCAGGUCUGCCAGACCUGUACGCAAAGUCCUUGCGAAACAUUGGAAGAGUGCAAGCUGGUAUUGAUUUAUACGCUGAAUUUAGCGGACAGCAGCAAUGUUUGCCUAUUCUGCGCCAUUUAGUGGAGCACGGAAACACAACAGUUUAUCAGUACAUCCACAAAGAAGCCCCUCUUGCUAUUGAGGAGCCGGAGGUGCGGCUUAACUUUAGCGGCUCCAGCACGAGUAAAGAAAACGAUGGCAAUGAAAUAGACUUUGGCACGGAUGACAACGGCGGCACAUCCUCGACAGUCUCCGCAGAGAUUAUUGACUACGGAGACUUUCAGGAAACGGAUGGCGGCAACAUAGACUGGGGCAUUGAAAGCGCGCCCACAGAUGCGGUUGAGAUUAAUUUUGAUAUACCCGUCGAAGAGUACGGCAUUGUAGUCGAGGGCACUGGCAUGGACGGUGGAACUGCCAAAGGUGAUCAGGCCUAUACGCUACUAGAUUCGCCCAAUUAUCGCGAGCGUUUUCUGGACGAAAUACACGAGUUGGAGGCAUUUUUGCAAAUGCGUCUCUAUGAGCUCAAUCAUUUGGAGUCGUCCAAUAAUAUCAUGUUCUCACUGAUGGACAACAUUUCUACGCAUGACAGCGAGAGUAUUGGCAAAAUAUUGGCCGACGUUGUGAAGAUCAUUCAGCAGACCUCCGAUGAGCAGACGAGUCAUCUUUUCCAACUUAAACAUUCGCCAAAGUACGCCGACCUGCUGACCAGCAAGCUGCAGCAGAUGACAAAGGCUGUGGACAAGCUGCGCACAACACGGGAGGUGCUGAAAAAGCGUGCCGUGGAAUUACGGGAGGAGCGUCAAAAAUUGAAUCCCGUUUUAGAUGAGCUGAUUGAGCAAACCCGGACCCUGCAAGCAUUUAUUGAAAAGGAUAUUUCAAAACGUUACAAGAAUCGCGUUGUAAAUCUUAUCGGCGGCGUAAACUAGAUAAAUAUAUCUAAAUUUUUAUUCAAAUAGAUACGUUUGGGAAUGUAUGAAAAGUGCAAAUAAAUUGUUGAAAUUUCAA